AUGUCGUUUGGCGGCGGAGGCUUUGGCGGCUUCGGCCAACAAAACAACAAUACCCAGUCCAGUGGUUUCGGCGGGUUUGGCUCCAACAAUAAUACUUCGACAGGGUUUGGACAAUCUACCUCUGGCGGCUUUGGGCAGACAAACAAUACUGGAGGUGGUAUGUUUGGAGGAACCACCAGCAACACUGGCGGCGGUUUUGGAGCUUCAACAGGCGGCUUCGGAUCCAACACUGGCGGCUUUGGAAGCAAGCCUGCUUUUGGUACCAGCACCUCGGGAGGUCUUUUUGGCGGUUCCAAUACCAACAACGCCAACACAACCUCUUCCUUUGGUGGCUUUGGCGGCAACAACACGACUUCCAACACAACUUCUUCGCCGUUUGGAGGGACGAGCAAUACUGGCGGCGGAAUGUUUGGCGGGAACAAACCCGGCUUUGGUACCUCUGCCAGCACAGGGGGGUCCCUGUUUGGCGGCGGCGGCAACACGACCUCAGCCGGCUUCGGCACCACUAGCACUGGUUUCGGAGCAACUGGUGCUGUAGGUGAUCCCCCAGGCACGGCAUCGACAGCCUUCAACGCAUAUACCGAGAAAGAGCCCAACACCUCCAUAACCAACUCGUUCCAAAACAUUUUGUUCCAGGAACCUUACAAGAAGUGGUCAUCAGAAGAACUUCGGCUGGUGGACUACGCACAGGGACGUCGAUAUGGCAAUGCGACUGGAGGCGGAGCCUUUGGCGUGAGCUCAGGGUUUGGAGGCUUUGGUUCCAAUACGAACGCCAACCAAACGACUGGCGGCUUUGGUCAAAAUACAACCAACACGACUACAGGUGGUGGCCUUUUCGGCAACAACGCCAGCAACACUGGUACAACAAGUACUGGAUUUGGGGGUGGUGGCUUCGGCGCAAACACGAACACUGCGAAUACUGGCGGUGGUCUCUUCGGUGGCAACAAGCCCGCUGGAGGCGGUUUGUUUGGCAGCAGCAACACUCAAACUCAGCAGCAAAGCGGAGGUGGCAUGUUUGGAGGAGGCGGGACAGGCGCCUUCGGUAGCUCGAACACAACUGGAGGCUUUGGACAGACAAACACGGCUAGCAAUACUGGUGGUGGACUCUUUGGCAACAAUGCCAACAAGACCACGGGGACUGGAUUCAGUUUCGGAAACACCAACAAUACGGCUACAAACACUGGAUCGGCCUUUGGAGGCAAUACCGGAGGAACUGGCUUCGGAGCCAACACAACCAACACCGGAGGUGGUCUAUUCGGAAACACCGCAAACAACACUCAGACGACUGGAGGUGGCCUCUUUGGUGGUCAGAACAACCAGCAACAGAAUACAGGGACAGGUUUUGGCGGUUUCGGACAGCAGAACCAAACCCAGCAAAGUGGUGGCCUGUUCGGUAACCAGCAGAAGCCAGCUACUGGUGGUGGACUCUUUGGAGGCAGCACAACGACCGGAACUUCUGGCGGACUCUUUGGAGGUGGUAAUGCGCAACAGCAACAACAGAACACUGGCGGCGGACUUUUUGGUGGCACGAAUAAUGCAACAUCUGGGGGAGGCUUAUUCGGAGGAAACAAACCAGCUACAGGAGGAGGUCUUUUUGGAGGAGGUAACACGGCUCAGACAACAACGGGCGGAUCUUCAAUCUUCGGUGGCGGCAAUCAACAACAGCCAGCGACUGGUGGCGGUCUCUUCGGAGGCAGCGCAAACCAGCAGAAGCCUGGCGGCCUAUUCGGCGGUUCUACCCAGACAGGAGGAGGACUCUUUGGUGGGCAGAACAACCAGGCUCAAGGCGGUUCCAUGUUUGGCGGCAGUACCAACCAGCUGCAAAACCAGAACACCUUAGGCAUUUCCCUCCUGGGCAAUUCACAGCAGAUGAACAACGCCCCUCAAGGCCUCACAGCCAACCUCAACGAUGUUUCCGCAUACGGCAGCCCGUCCUUAUUUGCCGGUCUUGGUGGGAACGAAGUUGCCAACCCUGGCCCUCUCGCCACGCCUUUGAAUGGCAACUCAAAACCACGAAAAAGCUCCAUUCUCCCGAUGUACAAGCUGGCCCCAGCUACUGCCGCCUCUCGCUUCGCAACCCCACAGAAGAGAGGAUUUGGCUUUUCGUACAGCUCUUACGGAACCCCAGGUGGCAGUCCUGCAAGUAGUAUUUCCAGCACCCCUGGCACCAUGGGCCGCAGCCUCCUUGGCUCCAGCUCCAGCGGUUCUUUGAGCAAGAGCAUCUCAGCAAGCAACCUCCGUCGCAGCUUCAACACUGAAGAUAGCAUCCUCGCCCCGGGUGCGUUCUCCUCCAGCUCUAAUGCUCGUUGGUAUGGCAGCACUGGCUCUAAGAAGCUAGUCAUCAACCGAGACAUUCGUAGUGACCUCUUCUCCACUCCUCAGAAGGACAAAGCCGAUACCAAUGGAAGCGCACGCAAGCUGUCUAAACGGGUGAGCUUUGAUACUAGCAAUGUUGAGUCGGAGGAUGGGACCCCUGUCCGCAACGCUCUCCCUGCCCCAGAAGACACCCCUAAAUCUCAACCCGACGAGACGACUCCCCGUCAGAACCGAACUACUAAUGGUACGAAUGGUUCCCAAACCCCAGAGAUGGAGCAGGUUAAGGGCAAUGAGCUUGCUAUUGUGCACGAAGAAGACAACUCUGCCACACCAGAGGCUCAGGCGGCGCCUCUCGGAUUCGACAACUCGCCUGGCGAAUAUUGGAUGCAGCCCACUCGAGAUGAAAUUCAAAACAUGAACAGAAUUCAACGCCAGCGAGUGGACAACUUCACUGUUGGUCGUGAAAACGUUGGUUUCGUUAGAUUCAAGGUCCCUGUCGAUAUUAGCAACAUCGAACUUGAUGACUUGUGUGGCGGCAUCAUUCAGUUAGAGCCUCGAUCAGCCACUGUGUAUCCAAUCCAGGCUAAGAAGCCGCCUGUUGGCAAGGGCCUCAAUGUUCCCGCCCAGAUUUCUCUGGAACAAUCUUGGCCUCGUGGUGGUCGCGAUAAGCGCAUCACUAGUGAUCCCAAGCGUUUCAACAAGCACAUUGAUAGACUCAAGCGGAUCCCAGACACCACUUUCGAGAGCUACGAUAAGGACACGGGUGUCUGGACCUUUGGCGUCGAACAUUUCACGACUUACGGACUGGAUGACUCUGAUGACGAGUCAGAUGAGGAAAUGGGCCCCCCACCUGCUCUGGAAACACCUACUCAGCGAGUGUCCAACCGUCCCACCGCCUUCGACGCUUCAACUCGUGAUGAGAAGGUUUCUACAAGCUUCAGACAGAAUGCAGGUUUGCCGGGGGCAUUCGACGAGCAAGAAGAUUUAUACGAGCGAGAAGACGCCGGCAAGCAGUCUUUUUUAGGGGUUAGCUCCGCGGAUUCGGCGCCCAAUGAUGUCAGACUUUCACUGGAAGAGGAUUACGCCAGUGAAGUGGGCGACGAAUAUGACAUGUCCGAGGACGAAGACAUGACGAGGUCUUCUGUUGGACAGCAUCUUGCCGCGGAGCUCGACGAUGCCUCGUCGGAGAAUGACCAGGACCCGAAGAGGGGUACUCCUGGCGGCAUUCUGAGAGCUCGUAUGAGGGCCAUGAAGGACCAGGUUGGUCCGGUGACUCUUGAAGUCGCUGAUGGCGAUGACUGGAUGGAAAUGCUUAGGAAAACGGUCAGUCCCGUGAAGCGAGACCGACAGUUGCUCAGGGAAAUGAACGAUUCGCCCUCCAAGUUUGCCGUACGUCUGGGCGAGGGUAACGACAAUGGUGAACAGGACUUGCGCAAAUCGUCUAUUUGGGGGAAAAGUAUUUCGAAGGUAGAGAGACCAAGCGGACGUGUGGGUACGCAAAUGGCAUCGGAUAAGGGACGUGGAUUCGCGACAAGCAUCGACUUGAUGAACUCUCUAUUUGAGAAGCCCAAGCCAGUGCGACAAAACCUUCGCGCUUCUGUGCCAGCCAAAGGCUUUCCUCAGUGGCCGUACGAUCGCCAAGACAAAAAUUUCUCCGUCGACAGUGAAGAACAGGCAUUUCAUGAUGCGUCUCGGCCAACUUGGGGACCAGAUGAGACUCUGGUGGUGACCAGGCCAUUGGAUGCCACACACUCCCGACGAAGUUUCCGCGACAACUCCGACCUUGUCCAAUUCCAACGAUCUGGAAUCCAAACCGAAAGACAAGAUCUUCGUCUCGCCAAGCUUUCUAUGGAGUCGUCCAAGAAAUUUCUGCGUGCUCAGGAUAAGGUGACAGAAAUUAAGAUGGUUGCCGAUGUUCCAAUGGCCCAGCUCUGCGCGAACAGCCUUCAAGAGGUCUUUCACAACCAGGAGAUGAAUGACGCAGCCAAUGUCAACGAGAAGCGCGUCUGGGAGCUGGCCAGCAUCUUAUUCGACGACCUCGUAAAUCAGACUGAGUCUGAGGACUCAACAAGAAAGCAAAGAUUAUCACAAUUCUGGACUGAGCUGGUGGAACAAGCAUCGACUACCAAUAUUGGUCUUGCUGGCUCCAGCGAGGAGAAAGCCGUAGCAAGCUUGGCGGGGCAUCGCAUCACGGAGGCGUGCAAGUUCUUGCUGGAUGGCAAGAAUUUCCGCCUGGCUACCUUGGUUCCUCUUAUUGGUACGUGCGACACUGCAAAGAAGGACAUGCGGGAACAGCUCAAAGCCUGGCAUGACUCAAAGAUGCUCUCAGAGUUUUCAGAGGCAAUUCGCACAAUCUAUGAACUUUUGAGUGGCAAUGUGUGUGUUUGUGAAGGGAUGAAGAAUGUUCCUGUCGAGGACCGCAUGGAAUCAUUUGUCAUUUCUAAGAAAUUUGGGCUGGACUGGAGACAGGCAUUUGGCCUUCGUCUGUGGUAUGCCGGCUCACAGCAAGACAGUGCGACUUUGGCAAUCUUGAAGUUUAAGGACGACAUCAGCCAAGACAAAGAGGAUCUCCCGCGACCAUGGUUCCAUGAACAGGGUCUGCGGCCCGUAUGGAACGAUGCCCACGAAGAGAACAGACAAGAUUUACUUUGGGGCCUCCUUCAACUAUACGCCGACAAGAGCGCCGAUCUCGAGUCCAUCUUGCGGCCAGAAAACUCUCAGCUGUCCCCUCUCAACAUGCGAUUGUCGUGGCAACUCGGACAGGCACUUGUUUCAACUAACCAGGUGUCGUUUGGCAAGAACGGAGAUGAAAAGGCUGACGCUACCACCCUUGCCUAUGCUUCCCAGCUGACGGCUGCCGGGGAGUGGUUGGAGGCAGUCUUUGUCUUGCUGCACCUAAGAAACUCGAAUGCUCGUAUGAAGGCGAUACAGGAACACUUGUGCCGGCACGCUGGCAUGAUUGGCCCUGACACUGGUACGAACUUUACACUACUCACGGAGAAGUUCCAAAUUCCCGCGUCUUGGCUCUGGGAGGCGCUCGCGCUGUAUAUGCGCAGUGUCAAGAAGGAUGCGUCGGCCGAGGUGCACUGCCUACUUCGCGCUGGGGAGUUUGUUGAAGCUCACCGGGUCCUCGUGCAGCAUGUUGCUCCCCAAGCUGUUAUUGAGCGCGACUACGCGACGCUCUCGUCUUUGCUGUCACAAUUCCAGGGUCGGGCCGAGUCCAUCCCAGAGUGGACACAAGGCGGCGAGAUAUACGGCUAUUUCCUGAGUCUCGUGCAACAUCGGGGCAAAGGCGAGAACGCACCGCCCGCAUUGCUGGAGAAGCUGUUGACGGGAUUGAACGUGAUGAAUGAGACUUUGAGCGAGACGGAAGUGUUGCGGUAUGCUGCUGUGUCCGACAUGGCAGAUGAUACGGCACGGGAAAUAUUGAAAUUGGCAAAGAAGAAACAGGAUGCUGAACUGCGAUCAAGAAUCUUGAAUCUGCCGUUGACGCAGGAUCGGUUGCUGGCGUACUCGGUAGAUCUUAGCAUGGACCGGUACAGGGAGGUAAUGUCCCAUUGA